AUGGUUACGGAGGCAUACCCCUCUUCUACUAUCGGGGCUAAAUUUGUCCCUUCAGGGAAGGUUAUGCUACUCAUGCUAUUCCUCCUCCUUCCAAUACCAACUGUGAGUGCCGAGGAAAACAUUUAUCACUGCGGUGACCGCGUCAAGGCACUGGCAAAAAACGGUUCCCUUCCGCCCGGGGAUAUCUACACUGGCCCUGUAAGAGGUCUUCUGAGUAAGGCGCAGGGCACCGGAGAUCAGGUACUCCUCUUGACGGUUGCCGCCUGUGAGAAGCACUGCGGUAGUGCAUCGACAUUGAACCGGUGGGGAACAAGCUCGGAUACAAUCACGACAUGGGUACUCCCUCUGGUGAGCCUGCUUCUGCAGGCUCCCUUCGAGAGCAACAACUUCCAGCAGACUAUGCUUCUCGCCUUCCGCUGGGUGGGCUCGCCGAUUGUUUCCAUGAUGUAUAUUUUUUGGAACCUCAGGGUUACCAGGAAGUGCGCUAUUAUGGUUGA